AUGCCGUCAGCACUCCUAGGCCCUACGUACGUGUCCUUGCUGACUCGGAGACAGAUGCGAGCCUUCUCAGGACUGCCACCACCACCUGUGCCAACGGAUCCGGCAACUGCAGGAUCGUUGGGUGGAUUCAUCGCAACGAUCGCCGACAAGCUCGGAAUGGGAGAACUCGCCACUGGUGGUCUUCAGUUGGCUGUAAUUGGCGGCGCGGUUGCUGGGUUCCGCUACUUUGGAGGCUUCUUUCUGGAAUAUCUCAAGAAACAGACCGUUGCAGCUGUGGACUUUGAUAGUCGUGACGAAUCGUACAGUUGGAUCCUCAACUGGCUGAACGACCAACCAUAUUCGCAAAACGCGUCGCGCUUUUCUGUGUCGACGACCAUCACCCGCGCAGGACAAAGGCUGAUCGGCGAAGGUCUCGAUGCAAGCAAGCUCCCUCCUGUCUACUUUCUACCUGCUCCAGGCAUACACGUCUUUAUGUACAAGAAUCGGCUACUUUGGCUUAGUCGCGAGCGCCCUCAGCCGUCAUCUGCAGCUGCUGCAGCUACAGCCAACAAUGCGGCGUUAGAGAGAAUACAAAUCAGCACUUUGGGUAGAUCGCGAAGUUUGUUGGAGCAGCUGGUUUUGGAUGCGCAGAGGCAGUUUAUCGCGCGCGAUCUUAGUCGUACGGUCGUUUAUGCAGCUGAUCAAUAUGGGGCUUGGAGGAGGACACGUUCGCGACCAAAACGCCCGCUCAGCACUAUUGUUAUUCCAACCAACGUCAAGUCAGAUCUGGUGGUGGAUGCCGAAGAGUUUCUUGGAUCAGAACAGUGGUAUAGUGAUCGUGGUAUACCUUAUCGACGUGGCUAUUUACUAUACGGCACCCCUGGAUCAGGCAAAACAAGUUUUGUGUAUUCGCUCGCAACGACUCAACAAAUGUUUUUGGCGCUCCGGGAAUUCAUCGAAAAGGGCGAGCUCGGAUUGAAUAUUUAUGUUGUGAACCUCAGCAACAAGAGUUUGACAGAUGACACGUUGGGAGAACUGGUGACAGAAACACCUAGCAGGUGUAUUCUGCUGAUUGAGGAUGUGGAUGCGGCGUUCGUCCAGCGGACAAAGGGCGAAGGCAGCACAACGAACAAUAUCACGUUUUCAGGAUUGCUCAAUGCCAUUGAUGGUGUGGCAGCCCAAGAAGGACGGAUAUUAUGUAUGACUACAAACCAUAUUGAAAAGCUUGACGCCGCCCUGAUAAGACCAGGCCGCAUUGAUGUUCGCGUUCACUUUGGCAACGCCACCCAAAAUCAAGCUUAUGAACUGUUCCAAAAGUUCUAUCCUUCUUUGACACCGGAUCGCUCGCAUGCACUGGCAACCUCCUUUGCUGCUCAAGUACCUGACAUGCAAUUCAGUAUGGCGCAUUUGCAAGGUUUUUUAAUGGGACACAAACAGAGCCCGGAGGAUGCUGUUCGACUCGUUCCAAACUGGGUGACCUCGCAUAAUGAUAACGCCACUAAUAACGAUAGCUCAACAACGGAUAAGGAUGAGUAA